AUGUCCGUCGGUCUAGGAAACAUCUUGGAAGGUUUUCCCUUCGUCGCCCUAGAUAACGGAGGCGGCGCGUUCCUUAUCCCAUACAUCCUGGUGUUGUUGUUCAUAGGCAAACCCCUAUAUUACAUGGAGCUCUGUCUAGGAGGCAGUUUUUCGUCUAUCGGCUCUGUUAAGGUCUGGGAACUUUCGCCAGCGUUCAGAGGUGUGGGAUACGGCCAGGCCAUCGCCGUGUUUGCAAUCACCACCUACUACGUUUCUCUCAUGGGCCUGUUUGUCUACUACAUGUUUGCCUCGUUCAAUUCAGUUCUUCCCUGGGAUGUCUGCGGCAACUGGUCUUCUGUAACGUGCGUCGAUUCAAAAACCAACGUAACUUUCAUAGAAGAAAAUCUGGGCAUAAAUGCCUCAGAUCUCACGUCCUCCACAGAAGAGUAUUUUACGCGAGUGGUUCUAAACAGCGAUCCAUCCGGCUUAGACAACGGCAUAGGCCUACCGAGCUGGAAGCUCACUUUGUGCCUCUUUCUCUCCUGGGUGAUCAUCUUCGUGGUUCUUAGCAAAGGAAUCCAGAGCUCGGGAAAAGCUGCCUACUUCACAGCUCUCUUUCCUUACAUCGUUAUCUUCGUCAUGCUGAUACGCGGAGCAACGCUCCCGGGGGCGCGCAAGGGGAUUAUGUACUUCAUUACUCCGAGAUGGGAGAAGCUACUGGAACCACACGUAUGGUACUCUGCAGUGGAUCAGUCCUUCUACAGCCUGACAGUUGGAUUCGGCACCAUCAUCAUGUUUUCCUCGUUCAACGCUUUCAGCCACAACGUCUACCGCGACGCCACCAUCAUAUCCAUCACGGAUACAAUCACCUCCUUCCUAGCUGGCCUAACGACAUUCGCCAUGUUGGGACACUUAGCCAAUACCCUAGGCGUUGAGGUCAAAGAUGUCCUGAAGGGCGGAGGAACAUCGCUGGCUUUCGUCAGUUACCCAGACGUCUUGUCGAGAAUCAAGAUCGCUCCUCAGUUCUUCUCCGUCCUCUUCUUCUUCAUGUUGUUUACUCUAGGACUGGGGAGCUCGUCUGCCCUGAUGGGAUGCAUCGUCACGAUAGUAACGGACGACUUUCCAAGAUUCAGGAGGUGGAUUGUGACGUUGGUGGUCUGCUGUCUUGGCUUUUUGGUUGGUCUUGUCUACGUGACCCCUCAGGGACAGUAUGUCCUUACCUUGGUCGACCAUUAUGGAGGGAGCUUCAUCCUCAUCAUAAUGGUCAUUUUGGAGGUCAUAGCUGUUCACUGGGUCUACGGCGUCAAUAACUUCUGUAGGGACAUCGAGUUCAUGUUGAACAGAAAGACUGGAAUCUACUGGAAAUUCUGCUGGGCUCUCCUGAUUCCAGUAGUUCUGACUCUGAUAUUCGUUUACAACCAGAUCAUCUCUGGACCUCUAAAAGCCGGGUCUUACGUGUUUGGGCCUGUUGCAAAUGCUUGCGGUAUCAGCAUCGCCGUCGUAGCCUGCCUCAUGGUGCCCAUCUUCCUCGUCGUGGAAAUCGUCUACAGGAGGAGGAACAACAGCUCUACCCUGUGGGAGGCCGUGAAGGACUCAUUUGCUUCUACGACAGAAUGGUGUCCGAAAGACGCCGCCAUCAGACAGGAAUACAGACAGGUUCUCUCGUCCGACCCACUUAUCCUAGAAUGCCAUGAAGUUGGACCUUAGAAAAAAAAAAAAAGAAAACAGUACGUUUUUAUCUCGCAGUGGUAGAAUUUUGGUGACCUGUAAUGAAGUCACAGGGGAAAAAAUCACAAUUUGGGCUAGGAAAAAGAAGAAGAAGAAAUAAAAAGAGGAUCUCGCCCCGUUUUUCUCUUUUAUCGUGCUUCAUUUUCUCUUCAUAGUUUGAGACUAAGGCAUCUGGCUCCAUUCUGUCCCUUCCGUAAAAAAAAUCUGUAUUAGAGUCAUCAGAACAUCGAACCGUCAGUCUGUUUUGAUGCAAACUUUAAGAGUAACGUUAAGCUAUACUUUGGCACUUCAGUCCUAUACUGUAAUAGAUUUUCAACGUUCGUUUCUGGCAGUACGCCAGAAUGUCUAAUGUUCCCCUUAACCGUGGAGGCAUUUUAAAAUAAUGCUUCAAGACUCGUCAACCUUUGCUAAUGGUACUAUUCAGAAAUUCUACGGCAUUUAAGAAAUAGUCGUUCGGAGCUGACUGAUAAAUGUGAACUGCUGGGUAUGAGAACCAAUGCAGAACUGCCUUGUAUUUUUGUUUCUUUUAGGCUCAUCAACACAUUCCCGUGACCAGAGGUACGUGAGUAUUGAAAGCGAGCUAUGAUAGGCUUACAGUUAGACCAUUAGCAUCCUUGCAACAAUCGUAUUGCCUUUAUAAGACAGGAAAGUUACGAUGAAAUAUUAGUAACAACGGAAAUACCUUGUAGUUUUGUGCUACUUUUAGGCCCAUAAACGCAUUCCUGUGACCAGAGGUAUAUGAGUAUUUUAGACAUAGGUCAAUAAGUUGGAACAUGACCAUCUUCAACAAUCGUAUUGCCUUUAAAACAGAAACGUUACUGUGAAAUUUGCAGUAAGGAGUUUGGUGUAAUACUUCUUGAACAUAAUUAUAUCUUUCAAUUGUGCCUGACAUGUUUGUUUGUUUGUUGUGCUUUUACUCUUGUAAAUAUCAAAUUGCAUGCUGUUAGAAACCGUUUGAAAGCGCAGCUCUAUUUUAUAGUAAAACUGGUAUUUGUGCUAAUGUUGCUGUAUUAAUAAACUAAGCUUUUAUGCCGUGAAUUUAAUGUUUAUUUUUUC